AACAGAGGAAGACUCUUGUCUCAAGAAAAUAAAAAAUAAAUGAAAUAAAAUAAAACCCCUCUUCCCCUAACUGAUCUGCUUUUGCCCCUGGGGGGGAGUGUGGCCAAAGCUAAUUUUCUAGAAGUUUCCACAUAGCCUGGGGGCUCCAUGCACCGGUGGCCACACCUGAGCCCCAUUUCUUGGGUCCCUCUAUGGUGGGGGACCCCAAGGAGACUAGACUUCUGGGUUAUCUAUCUUAUCUCCUUGAGAUCCCAGACCAGCGGGGGCAGGAGGUGGUUUCUACCAUCAGACUGAGGCUGGAGGAGGAGUUCUCUGGAUGGGAGGGUCUUUUCUGGGGUGCUGGGGUCUAGCCCCAAGACACACCUUGGCCCUGUACACAGGAAGGAAUCCCCCAGGGUAUUCAAAGACCUUUGUCCCCACCCACACCUAUUCGAGAUCCAGAAGGAAGGGUUUUUGCACACCACGGUGGGAGACCCAGGGCACGGAGAGAUGGAGCUAUGGGGGGGGGGGCCUCUGUGCCCUGGGGAAGUGGACACCAGGGAAGGUGCUAAGAAGGUCCCAGGGGAGAGCCCUGAGGCCCAAGAGUGGGAGCCACUCCCACUCCCCCAUCUCCUGUGUGUUGUUUUUGGCAACCUGCCCAGUGGGGCCUUGGUCAGGCUGCUGGCCUCACGGCCCUGGGGCCUCAAAGUGAGGCCCUCGGGAGGGCAGGCAAGGGGGGUCUGGAGGCUGGUGGUGGGAACUUCACAGCUGGGCUCCUCGGCUCCAAGGUCCCCUGUGCCUAGUGGGAAAUGUCUGUGGGUGAAGAGGUCCCUGCCUUCAGCCCCAAAGGGGAAAAUUCACCCUGCACAGGGUGCAGGUGCGGGCAGUGUGACUAGGGCCUGGCACCAUGCCUCUCUUCCCAGUCCUCUGAGGAGCUGGAGAAGCUGGUGACAAAAGUGAGAUCACAAGGUGACAUUCGCAAGCCUUACAGUUUAUGAAAUGUUAUAAUUUCCUUACUGCUGUGUGAGAUAGGUAUUUCUAUAUCUGUUCUACAGAUAAGGAAAGUGACGCUCAGAGAGGGUUAGUGACUUGCCCAAAGUCACAUAGCCAUCGUGUGGCUGGUCAGAGGCAAAGCUGCAACCUGUGCUCCACACUUGGCUACCCCCAAAAUUACCUAGGGAUUACCUAGGUCAGAAUUACCUAGGGAUUGUUUAUUUAUUUAUUUAUUUAUUUUUAAAAGACAUGGUCUUGCUAUGUUGCCCAGGCUGGCCUCAAACUCCUGGGCUCAAGCGAUCCUCCUGCCUCGGCCUCCCAAGUAGCUGGGACUACAGGUGGUGUAUACUGCACCUGCCUAGUGGUUGUUCUAAAAGUUUAGACUCCCUGGACUCCCCCCAAAAUUAGAAUCAAUCACAGAGGGCCUGGGACUCUGCAAAUUAGAACGUUCUCCAGGUGAUUGUAAUGCAGUUCCCAGAAGUGGGGCUAGGAACUCCUCCAUACCACAGAGAGGUCACGGAAACUGCCGGAAGGGAGGUGUCAGGACUCCCCUCUUUCCUUUGGGGAGGGUAGCUGGAGCUUCUGGCUAUCCAAAAAGAGAGGAGAAGGGAGGCAGGUGCUGUCUCAGCCUCCUCCAUUUGAUGUCUGGUGGCAUUCCCUGCCCCCUGCCAGGUCCUCUUUGGGGAGCAGGUGGUGGGAGGAAGGGGUGGGGCAGCCCUGGCCCCUCCCUCUUCCCCACUCCCUUUCCCCGAGCAGUCUCCUUCUUUGGCCAGAGGAAAUAGAGUGGGCUGGGGUGGCCGGCUGAGCUCACAUCCUCUGCUGGAGAGCCUAAAUCAGGAGUGACCUUUCCACCCCCAGAGCCAGGCCCAGGAAGAAGGUUAUGCUGUAGCAGAAGUGCCUGGAACCACUGCCAGGAACCAGGACCCUCCACCCUCCUGCCGAUGUCCCCAGCCCAGUCUCUCUGAACCUCUCCCUCACCGCCUUUCCUGCCAUUGUUCUGGAAAUAACAGAGCCGCCCAGGCCUGUGCCUGUUCCUGUCCCUCCCCAGAAGGGCUGCAUCCCGCCACCCAGCUGCCCCAUCCCAAACUGUCCAGGCUGGCGGACGGGUGGGCGGGAUGAAGGACUUUAUUAGUCUCGUCCCUGCUGACCUUGUCUUUACUGGGGCUCAGAGAGGUACAACUGGCCAAGGUCGCACAGCCAGAAAGGCAGAGUGAGCAUUUGAGCCAUGCAUUUCCUGCUUCUAAGGGCCCUGUUCUUUCCACUACCCCAAAUGGUUCUGUGUGACAAGGACUUUCCAAGGAAGCUGGAGGCAAACUAGGAGGUGUGUGUUUCUUCCCAGUGGCCCCAACAGCAUCAGCUCAUCUGUCCCUCCUUGGCUCUGUAUUUGCCUUUUUUGUGUAGUGUCCUUUGGCUCAGUCCUAAACGAAGCUGUCCCCUCCUCCCAGUCCCAUGUUCCUCAUUGCGGGGUUGGUCCCUCCCUGCUGGAAUGAGGCCCUGUCUUGCCCAGGCUACUGGGAUAUUCAGGGGCCCACCAGAGCCUGGGGGGCAGGCCAGGACCAGCAUGCUUGGCACUGUGCCCAGCCCUGGUUGAGCCAGGCCCCCUCCUUCCCAGCAGGGGUGGGUUCCAGCGGGAAGCAGGAGCCACUGAGACACGCCUUCCCCUGCUCCUCCCCUCCCCAUUGCUUCAAGGACCGCCCCCACCAGUGCCCUGGCUCAGGCAGGGAGCACACCUGCAUGAACCCUGCCCCGAGAGGGUGAUACCAGCAAGCAGAGCACCCCUGCCCGGGGCACAGACAGCUCAGCUCACAGCCUGUGGGUGCAGAGUCAGCAGUCACUCCUCAGGCAGGCUGAGAACCCGCCGAGAUCCGGGGGGAGAGUGGGGGAUUGUGCCAGCUGUUGCUGAAGGGACAUCAUGAUAGUAUUGGCCAACACAUAAGGAGGGCUAGAUGGUUACAGCUCCCAUCUUUGCAUGCUGACAAGGUUGAGCACUGUACUCACGGCCUCUGUGGGCAGGUUCUGCGAUCAACUCAUUUUACAGAUGAGGACACUGAGCCUGAGAGGUUAAAUGACCUGCCCAAGGCCACACAGCUGGCACCUGGCAGAGCUAGAGUGAGGUGUAGGUCUGUCAGAUGCCACUUUCCCCACCUGGUGGGGCUCCACUGAGGGAUGCCCCACCAGGGCUGGCACUGUGGCCCUUCAGUCGGCGGAAGUCCUUCUCUUGAAUACCUAGCGCCCCCUCCUUUCUCUUCACUCCGCUGGGCCCAGCAGGACAAUGUGACUUGCUCCCUGGCCCAUUCAGGCAGGAAUGCCAACCAUGCGCUCCGUGGGCCUGUCCUCUGAGGGCACAUCAUGCCAGUACCCCCCCUUUGGCUCUAUAAACACUCGAGGCCGGGGCCCGGGAAGCCAGGCCACUGCUGCAGCAGUUCCCUGCCUCCAAGCUGACAGGCUGGUGGGCCAGGGUAGGAGCACAGGGACAGGACUGGUGAAAGGCCAUGGGGCAGGUGCUUUCCUGCACACCAAGAGAGCUCCUGGGCUCCACGAAGAGGCUGAACGUCAACUACCAGGAUGCGGACGGAUUCUCCGCUCUCCACCAUGCUGCCUUGGGGGGCAGCCUGGAGCUCAUAGCCUUGCUGCUGGAGGCGCAGGCCACCGUUGACAUCAAGGACAGCAAUGGCAUGCGCCCACUGCACUACGCGGCCUGGCAGGGCCGGCUGGAGCCUGUGAGGCUGCUGCUGCGGGCCUCUGCAGCCGUCAAUGCCGCCUCGCUGGACGGGCAGAUCCCUCUGCACCUGGCUGCGCAGUACGGACACUACGAGGUGUCAGAAAUGCUCCUCCAGCAUCAGUCCAACCCGUGCCUGGUCAACAAGGCCAAGAAGACGCCACUAGAUCUGGCCUGUGAAUUCGGGAGGCUCAAGGUGGCCCAGCUGCUGCUGAAUAGCCACUUGUGUGUGGCGCUGCUGGAGGGUGAGGCCAAGGACCCAUGUGACCCUAACUACACCACACCCCUGCACUUGGCUGCCAAGAAUGGCCACAGAGAAGUCAUCAGGCAGCUCCUGAGGGCCGGGAUUGAGAUCAACCGCCAGACCAAGACAGGCACGGCACUCCACGAGGCCGCGCUGUAUGGCAAGACCGAGGUGGUACGGCUGCUCCUGGAGGGAGGAGUGGACGUGAACAUCCGGAACACGUAUAACCAGACGGCACUGGACAUCGUAAAUCAGUUCACCACCUCCCAGGCCAGCCGGGAAAUCAAGCAGCUACUGCGCGAGGCCUCAGGGAUCCUGAAGGUGCGAGCGCUCAAGGAUUUCUGGAAUCUUCAUGAUCCCACUGCUCUCAAUGUCCGGGCAGGGGAUGUCAUCACGGUGCUUGAGCAACACCCCGAUGGCCGCUGGAAGGGCCACAUCCACGAGAGCCAAAGGGGCACGGACCGUGUGGGCUACUUUCCCCCAGGCAUCGUCGAGGUGGUCAGUAAGCGAGUGGGCGUCCCUGUGCCCCGCCUUCCCUCUGUGCCCACCCCCCUGCGUCCAGGCUUCUCCCGGACACCGCAGCCUCCUGCCGAAGACACCCUGCACCCUCUUACCUAUGGCCAGCUCCCUCGGAUGGGCCUUACCCCAGACAGCCCAGCAGGUGACAGGAAUAGUGUGGGCAGCGAGGGCAGUGUGGGCAGCAUCCGCAGCGCUGGCAGCGGGCAGAGUUCUGAGGGCACCAAUGGCCACAGCACUGGCCUCCUGAUUGAGAAUGCCCAGCCACUGCCCUCUGCCGGAGAAGACCAGGUACUGCCAGGACUGCACCCCCCAUCCCUGGCAGACAACCUGAGCCACCACCCUCUGGCCAACUACCGCUCUGGGGAGCAGAUCUUCACCCAGGACGUGAGGCCAGAACAGCUGCUGGAGGGGAAGGAUGCGCAAGCCAUUCAUAACUGGCUGAGCGAGUUCCAGCUGGAGGGCUACACUGCCCACUUUCUGCAGGCUGGCUAUGAUGUGCCAACCAUCAGUCGCAUGACGCCUGAGGACCUGACAGCCAUUGGGGUGACCAAGCCUGGGCACAGGAAGAAGAUCGCCUCGGAGAUCGCUCAGCUCAGUAUCGCUGAGUGGCUGCCCAGCUACAUCCCGGUGAGUGGGUGGCGGUGGUGGCACAGGCUCUCGCCCUCAGCUGUGCUGUGUGGUGUCUUUUCCUUUCUGACCUGGGGGCAGAGGAUUGCAGGGAGCCAAUUCUCAAUGCUGGCACUCUUCCAGGCGGACUUGCUAGAGUGGCUGUGUGCACUGGGGCUGCCACAGUAUCACAAACAGCUGGUGAGCAGUGGCUACGACUCCAUGGGGCUGGUGGCCGACCUCACCUGGGAGGAGCUGCAGGAGAUCGGUGUCAACAAGCUCGGGCAUCAGAAGAAGCUCAUGCUGGGGGUGAAGCGGCUGGCGGAGCUUCGGCGGGGCCUCCUGCAGGGGGAGGCCCUAGGUGAAGGCGGGCGCCAGCUGGCCAGGGGUCCAGAGCUGAUGGCUAUCGAGGGGCUGGAGAAUGGGGAGGGUCCAGCUGCAGCUGGCCCACGCCUCCUCACUUUUCAGGGCAGCGAGCUGAGCCCAGAGCUACAGGCAGCCAUGGCAGGAGGUGGCCCUGAGCCGCUCCCCCUGCCCCCUGCCCGCUCCCCCAGCCAGGAGAGCAUCGGGGCACGCUCACGGGGGUCUGGUCACUCACAGGAACAGCCUGCUCCCCAGCCCAAUGGUGGAGACUCCAGCACCCCCCCAGAGAGGAACCUUCCAGAGGGCACAGAACGGCCCCCCAAGCUUUGUUCCCCACUUCCAGGCCAAGGACCUCCCCCUUAUGUUUUUAUGUACCCCCAGGGCUCACCCUCCAGCCCGGCCCCAGGACCACCUCCUGGUGCACCCCGGGCCUUCUCCUACUUGGCUGGCCCCCUUGCCACCCCUCCUACCCCUCCGGAGCUGCCUCGGCCCAAGCGCCGGUCCCACAGCCUGAGCCGCUCGGGCCCCACCGAGGGGGAAGGUGAGGGGGAAGCCGAAGGGCCAGUGGGCAGUGCCUUGGGCAGUUAUGCCACCCUUACCCGGCGACCCGGACGCAGCGCCCUCGCCCGGACCAGUCCUAGUCCGACCCCAACUCGAGGGGCGCCCCGAAGCCAGUCCUUUGCCCUUCGUGCCCGACGCAAAGGUCCCCCACCCCCACCCCCCAAGCGCCUCAGCUCGGUCUCUGGCCCCACCCCGGAGCCACCUCCACUCGAUGGGAGCCCAGGGACCAAGGAUGGAGCUGCAGGGCCUCGAAGACGAACACUGAGUGAACCAACUGGCCCCUCUGAGCCCCCUGGCACGCCCGCCCCCGCUGGCCCCGUGUCAGACACGGAGGAGGAGGAGCCAGGCCCUGAGGGGACACCCCCAUCUCGGGGCAGCUCAGGGGAAGGGCUGCCAUUUGCAGAGGAGGGGAACCUGACCAUCAAGCAGCGGCCGAAGCCAGCUGGCCCCCCACCCCGGGAGACGCCUGUGACACCUGGCCUCGAUUUCAACCUCACAGAGUCAGACACUGUCAAGCGCAGGCCCAAAUACAGGGAGAGAGAGCCGCUGCAGACGGCACUGCUGGCCUUCGGAGUGGCCAGUGCCACACCUGGCCCCUCCGUCCCCCUGGCCUCCCAGGCUCCCAGCGAAUCACCUUCCUCUGCUGCUCCCAGUCCUCCCCAGCCCAAGCCCAGCAACCUUCCACCUCAAGGAGCUGUGGCCCCUCAUCCUCCCAGCCCCACAGUGCAGCUCCCUGUGCCCUCCGUGUGCCCCUGCCCUGGGCCGGGUCUGGAAAACACAGCAGGCAGUCGGUGGAAUGGGGAGAUGGAGCUUCCGGCUGCCCUCAUCAAGGUACCUGGCACAGGAACAACCCCGAAGCCUGUGUCUGUGGCCUGUACCCAACUGGCAUUUUCUGGCCCUAAGCUGGCUCCUCGGCUUGGCCCCCGCCCGGUGCCUCCUCCGAGGCCUGAGAGCACUGGGGCUGUGGGCCCAGGCCGGGCUCAGCAGAGACUGGAACAGACCAGCUCGUCCCUGGCAGCUGCACUGAGGGCUGCGGAGAAGAGCAUUGGCGCCGAGGAGCGAGAGGGCCCCCCUGGCACCUCCACCAAGCACAUUCUGGAUGACAUCAGCACCAUGUUCGACGCCCUGGCUGACCAGCUGGACGCCAUGCUAGAUUGAGCUAGACAUCCUAUGGCCCUUCCGCAGUGCCCACUGCCCUUGCUCCAGCGCCGAAGAAGCCCCUGCCACCCUAGGGACAGGCAGAGGGCUGUUCCAGCUGCAGCACCCCUCCCUAGCAGGGCUUCUUCCUGCUGCUCCAAGCCAGUGGCUAUCAGCACCACAGUUCUUAGGGGGCAGCCCCGUGGUGGGGGCCAAGGGGACUUGUCAGAACCUGACUAGCUGAGGGGACUCUGCUGCGACUCAGCAAAGGCCUCCCCAGAGUGUGAUCUGAGCGACAGCCCCGCCCCUGGACAGGGACCCUGGUAAGAGCUAUCUCCUCACGAAGAAGGAGGGGGCAGCAGGGCUUCUGGGGUGCUUCCUCUGUGCCCCCCCACCUGUGUCUGAAGUCCCUGUGCCAAGGGAAUGCCUCUUGCCACCUGCCGUGCUGCCCUGGUGCUGAGGCUGGAGGAGGCAGUGUGUCCGGCUGGGCCCCUCCCCGCAGGUGUACACAGGACGUGUAAGCACGCGGCAGGGGCGUGCCCUCGGUGGCAGUGGCUGUACCCAGCUCCUGCCCCUGCCUUCCCUCACUGUAGGCAGAGGUGGCGGGGGAAGAGGUAGUGGGAUUAACAGAUCCCUAAAGUCCAAACUUUUUCAAUUGUAAAUGUUAUUUUUUAAGCAGAGAGAAAUGCAUAUAUUAUAAAUGGAAUUUAUUCUAUCUAUUAACUGCCUGAGAGGGCGCAGUGGGGGGAGUCUGGACCACAGCAGUAGUGCCCACUGCCCACCUCAGGGCUGGAAGCCCGACCUGGGUGGCCCAGGCCUCAGCCCUGUAACCAUUAACCUCUUCCCCCAACUAACACCAAUGAAAGCGUCAUUCCAUACAA